AAGCAAACUGUAAAUUAUUUUUUAUAUUAUUAAAGCUUACACGGACCUUUACAAAAAACAGAAAGCCGAAAGUUUUACUAAGUAUUACUAAGUCUAGAAAAAGGUAAAGUUAUCACAUAUCACGUGAAAUGUGAAGUGGUGCACACUGAUCAUAAUUCAUACGUGUUCCCUCUAAGAGGUGGAGCAGACCCUGUGAGCCCUAAGACUCAAAGAGCAGUAUCAGUUGAGGACUAUUGUAUUCGUGACGAACAGCUGCACACCAAUAUGCGGUGCUGCGCGCCUUUCUGCGAAAAUACUUCAGACAAUGUGUCGACAUCCGAGAGAACGGGAAUUACCUUUCAUGCAGUACCCAGUGAAGGCAAUCUCCGUACUGCUUGGCUCAGAGCCCUCGGCACACAAGACCAUCACCUGCCCGACCCUGCUGUGGUCUGCUCCCAGCACUUUCUGGAUGAUGACUUUUGUACAACAGAGAGUUGUGUGAGGCAGAUUCACUCUCAUGCUAUUCCUUCAACAGUGCAAAUGUGCAUGAUAUGCCUGGACACUGGCAGCAAGCUGUCUCUAAUGAGUAAACACAAGUUGGAGGAGGCAUAUGAACAGCUAACUGGACUGUCUUUGUGUCGUCGAGGAAACCUGAAGCAAACACUCUGUGUGCUGUGUGCUCAGAGAUUGAUUAACUUCAGUAGAUUUAGAGACUUGAGCUUGAGAGCCCAUUCACUGAUGACAGACUUAGUUGAACAACAUGAAUUAAAUACUAUACAACACAAAGAAUUGAUGAACUGCACAACUGCACAUCUGAAGUGUAAUUUGACACAAACAACAUUAGGAGCUAACCAUUGUGACUUGUACAUAGAUCACACUGAUGAAGAGGAGCAGACAGCAGCAGAGGAAUCUGUAGUGGGAGAUGUUGCAACAGUUGUGGUGAAGAAAGAAGGCAGUUCUGACUCCAUGUCGAGUGCUGAUAACUUGGAACUGCCACUAGAAAAUCACUGUGUAUCCAAGAAGGAAUACACUAUAAGCAUCAAGUUAGAAGAGGAGCCACUGGCUGAGGCUGUGAGUGAAGCUCUACAUAGAGGAGCAGCAACUUCCUGCACUGCAGUUGCAAAACACGAGGUUGUAACAGAGAGUUGCAUAAAGAGUGAAAUAGUCACCUUCGGAUGUACAGUUUGUUUGCAAGAAUUUGUGGAAGAGAAUGAAUAUUAUGAACAUAUGAGCAUGCAUCUCCAGGACGCUGGCGGCGACGCUGCAUGUGAUGCAUCACAAGUGUGCGAGCCUCGUGCAGCUGUGAGCCGCAGCGGUGACUCACUCGUGCUGCAGAACAAAUCAGUAUACAAGGACGCUGCAUGUGAUGCAUCACAAGUGUGCGAGCCUCGUGCAGCUGUGAGCCGCAGCGGUGACUCACUCGUGCUGCAGAACAAGACAGGGAGUCAGAGGCUGAGCGAUGAGCCUCCCCCGGCUGCAGGCUGCGCUCUGGCUGUAGUCGCUCCACUGUCCGCGAGACUUGCGGCAAACGACGAGAGCAAAGUGCAGGCAACUGAAGAAGCAGGUGCGAUCCUGACAAGCCAACAAAUCCUUGAAACUAACAUUGGUGAACUGGACAACCAAUCAUCUCAGAGCGGCACCAAACCGAACACAGAUAUAUAUAGAUUCACAAAUUGUCAACGUGUGAGAACCCACACUGCUGCCAAGCGUUACUCUUGUAAUUUAUGCCAUUAUAUAACUGGACGUAAAGGUAGCUUAUUAAGGCACACGAAAACCCACACUGGUGAAAAGCCGUUUUCCUGUGAGAUAUGCAAUAAUAAAUUUGCAGAAAAAUCUCAUUUAUUAAACCACAAGAUGACCCACACUGGUGUAAAGCCAUUUUCUUGUGACCUUUGUGAUUACAAAUGUACACAAAAAGGUCAUUUAUUACGGCAUAUUAAAACCCACACUGGUGAAAAGCCAUUUUCCUGUGAUACAUGCAAUUACAAAUGUGCACAAAAAGUUGAUUUAUUAAAACACAAGAUGACUCACACUGGUGAAAAGCCAUUUUCCUGUGAGAUAUGCAAUUAUAAAUGUGCACUAAAAUAUACUUUAUUGCACCAUAUGAAAACUCACACUGGUGAAAAGCCUUUUUCCUGUGAUACAUGCAAUUACAAAUGUGUACAAAAAGGCUAUUUAUUAAAACACCAGAUGACUCACACUGGUGAAAAGCCAUUUUCCUGUGAGAUAUGCAAUUAUAAAUGUGCUCAGAAAUGUACUUUAUUACAGCAUAUUAAAACUCACACUGGUGAAAAGCCAUUUUCCUGUGAGAUAUGCAAUAGUAAAUUUGCACAAAAAAAUACUUUAUUAAGACACAAGAUGACCCACACUGGUGAAAAGCCAUUUUCGUGUGAGAUAUGUAAUUACAAAUUUUCGCUAAAAGGUAAUUUAUUAAAACAUAUGAGAACCCAUAAUAGUAGUUGUAAGAAAUAAUAGAGUUAUGUAUAUCCAUGUGUGUUAGCUGUGCAUGUAGGCGUUCACGGCAAAGAGCAAUGCUCAGCACCAUACACCUGCAGUUAAAAGUACUAAUGUUUUGUUUGUGUCCAGAGCCUGAGGUAGCCUGGUAGAUCACUACUAAGCAAUAAGGCUGCAUUAGUUAUUACUUUUUUUACAUGGUUCAAUUCUAUUUGUUAUUUAAAUGUACAAAUAAACAGUAAAUAAAUAAAGUUAGUCACAGUUCAGUCUUAACAAUUGGUACUGUAGCACAGUUUCCUUGCAAUACACAAAUAAGGUGAUAACUAAAGUUUAAUAAAUGUGUUUUAUUAAA